AUGUCAAAAAGAAAAAGAGUUUAUCGUGAACAGUUUUCAACUGACUUCCAGGGAUUAAAAAAAGUAAAAAAGGUGAAAAUUAUGCCUUUUGCGAAUAUUGUUCAACUGAUAAAAACUGCUGCAGCAGAAGGAGCAUUUGCAUAUCAUGUCGCUUUUCACUCGUUAUCGUUUAAAGCUGCAGAUUGUACAAAUCGUUUAAUUUCAACUGUUUUCGCUGAAUCGGAAACUGGUCAGAAAUUUUCAUCUGCUCAAACAAAAACGCAGGCAAUCAUUUCAAGAAUAUUGGCUCCGAAAUCAAUUGAGAAUCUUUUGUCUGAAUUGGGCAGCGAGUCGUUUUCUAUUGCAACCGACUCGUCAAAUUUUAAAGAAAUCAAAACAUUCCCUAUCAUUAUUCGGUAUUUUUCGCAUGAAGGAUUGAAAGUUAAAUUGUUAGAGUUUUCAAAUUUGCCAGGAGAAACGUCAGAAUUGAUUUUCAAAUAUGUAAUGACUGUACUUGAGAGAUUCAAAUUGAGUCCUAAUAAUUUGUUAUGGGGUGGCUUAAAAUCACUAGUUCUAUCAACGGAUGACAUUCCAAAGGUUCUGGAAAAUUUAUUCUCUGAUGAUUCAAAUGAAAUCUACUUCUGGUUUCUACAGAGCUCAUUGCAGCUGUUUCAGCAAACUUUGCUGAUACUUGAAAAAAAGACCUUGUGCUUCCUGAAAUGA